AUGCCGCCUCUCCCAUUACGAACCUCUCUACCACGCUACUUGGUUCACCGCGCAAACUUCCACACCACAAGACCUACACGCUCAAAAAUCAAUGUCGAAGCUCUACUCGCAACACCAACCUGGUCACUAGACACCUUACUCCCAUCUUCCUCUUCUACCGCUCAGACACCAACAAUCACCUCAAAACAACUACACCAUCUCCUACGCCUCUCCGCCUUACCACCUCCCAAAGACCCGUCCGAAGAACANAAAAUGCUUUCCUCAUUACACUCGCACCUACACUUUGUCGCCGAGAUCCGCAAAGUGGAUACCACAAACAUUACGCCAUUACAAAGUCUUCGGGAUGAGACGAGUGCAGGGAGAAAAGAGCAAGAGAUAGGAUUGGAAGAGUUGGAAGAGGCGUUCAAGAGUGAGGAUGUUAAGGGGAAAUACUACAAGAGAAUUAGGAGGAGGCAAGAAGUGGCAGCAGAGGGAGAAAGUGCAAAGACUUGGGAUGUGACGGGUGCUGCAAAGAGAAAGGUGGGGAGGUAUUUUGUUGUCGAUGGUGGACAGGAAGGGUAG